AUGCUCUUCUUCCUCCUCUCUCACACAAACACACACACAUUCUCUCUCUCUUAUUUGUUAUUUCUUCGGAAACUCUCUUCGCCAGAAAUGGUAGAGCCAAGUUUCUACAUCGGAGUCGUAGGAAAUGUAAUCUCCGUACUCGUCUUCCUCUCACCAGUAGAGACAUUUUGGAAAAUAGUGAGGCGAAAAUCGACGGAGGAGUAUAAAAGUUUGCCGUACAUUUGCACGUUAUUAGGAUCGACGCUAUGGACAUAUUACGGCAUAGUCACUCCCGGAGAAUAUCUUGUCUCAACCGUCAACGGCUUUGGUGCUCUUGUUGAAUUCAUCUAUGUCUCGCUUUUUCUCUUUUAUGCCCCUCGACAUCUCAAGUUGAAUACAGUCAUAGUGGUAGCGUUGUUGAACGUCUUUUUCCCAAUCGCAGCGAUUGUGGCCACGAGAGGUGCGUUUAAAGAUGAGAAAUCGCGUUCUCAAUCGAUGGGUUUCAUAUGUGCCGGUCUCAACAUUAUAAUGUAUGGUUCUCCUCUCUCUGCUAUGGUAAGUUCAUUCUUAAUUUAUUGUUUUAAAAUUAAUUUGCAGAAAACAGUCGUGACGACAAAGAGCGUGAAAUACAUGCCGUUUUGGUUGUCGUUUUUCCUCUUCUUAAACGGCGCGAUUUGGGGCGUCUACGCUACACUCCAACACGAUGUUUUUCUACUCGUGCCAAAUGGAGUGGGGUUUGUGUUUGGGACGAUGCAACUCAUACUAUAUGGGAUUUACAGAAAUGCCAAACCGGUCGGUUUGAGCAACGGAUCUAGUGAGAUUGCUGCAGAUGAAGAGGAAGGCCUCGCGUCACGUGUCCCUCUCCUCUCUUAA